CCGUUAACCUAUAUUCCCUCUCCCCUCAUUCUGCCUAUUUCACUCACCUCAGCAAUCAAACAAACAAAAAAAAGAAGGGUUUUUCGCACACACCGAUCAUCAUCCCGAUGGAAAACACCGCCGCCCGCUCCGUUUCCCGCCCCGGCCUCUCCGUCGCUCCGCCUCACCAGAUCUCCAAAGAUGCUCAAGGGUCUGAUAAUUCUAUUCCUCUUUCACCGCAGUGGCUUCUGCCAAAACCGAGUGAGAAUAAGCCUGGAGGAGAAAGCAAUUUCAGCCCUCCAGUUUAUGGAAAUCGGUCAGAGAACACGAAGUUUUCAGGAAACGGCGAGGAGGUUCUUGAUGUCCAGAAGAAAAAGGAUGUUUUUCGACCCUCUUUGCUUGAUAUGGAAACUGGUCGUCGUGAUCGCUGGCGCGAUGAGGAAAGAGACACCAAUUCCUCUCUGGUGCGCAAAGAUCGUUGGAGGGAUGGAGAUAAAGAGCUUGGUGACACAAGGCGCAUGGAUCGUUGGACUGAAAAUUCAGCCACUAGACACUAUGAACCGCGGCGUGCUCCAUCUGAGCGCUGGACCGAUUCAAGUAACAGGGAGAAUAAUUAUGAUCAGCGACGGGAGAGCAAGUGGAACACGCGUUGGGGACCUAAUGAUAAGGAAAUAGAAAGUGCACGUGAUAAGUGGAAUGAAUCAAGCAGAGAAGGUGACAUGCCUCUUGAAAAGGGUUUGGUUCAUCUUCCUGGCCAUGGAAAGGAUGAGAAAGAGGGUGAUCAUCACCGGCCCUGGAGAUCAAACUCUUCCCAAAGUAGAGGAAGGGGAGAGCCUCCACAUCAUCAACCUUUAUUGUCAAAUAAACAGGUUCCAACAUUUUCGCAUGGCCGUGGCCGUGGGGAAAGUCCACCAAUUUUUUCUGUUGGUCGAGGGAAGUUUGGUACUGGUGGAAGCACUUCGAACAGUAUCUCUACUCACCCUCAACCUCUGGGAGCCAUAUUGGACAGGGGUGAAGCUGGCCCUUUAAGAUAUAAUAGAACAAAACUGCUUGAUGUGUACAGGAGGACUGACAUGAAAGUAUUUAACAAACUAUUAGAUGGGUUUGUACAAGUGCCUUCCCUCACAGAGGAAGAAGCAUUGGAGCCACUGGCACUUUGCACUCCUACUCCUGAGGAAAUGGCUGCUCUGGAAGGAAUUGAGAAAGGGGACAUUGUAAGUAGUGGUGCACCUCAGAUAUCCAAAGAGGGAUCUAUGGGACGGAACACUGUAGAUUUACAAUUAAGACGACCUAAACAUGGUAGUAGAGAAGAUGUUGCAUUUUCUACUGACAAUUCUAAAUAUGAAAGCACUGACGAUUCAAAAGGUCGCUUUGGAAAUUAUGCAGAAGGAUUAUCCCAUGAAAGGCAGAUACAAUAUCAUGGACCCAAUGCAAAAUCAGAAAUUGCGCCUGACAAUAAGACAAUUCAUGAUAACAAGUUACACUCUGAAGCUAUUAAGGCUGGUGUUGAUUCUUAUAGAAGGGCUGAUGAGGCAACUAUCACUAGGGAAUCAAUCAUACCUGGAAAUAAUUCUGCAUCUCCUGCCACUCCGUGGCGAGCUCAUUCAUUAGUGGAACAGCUGCCUACAGUCUCACAUGACCGGAGAGAGAUUCCAAAUGAUAUCAGGUCAAAAUCCCCUGGUAUGGGCUGGAAUCAAUCGCAGAAUCUCAAUAAUCAUUGGGAAAGUCAUUUGGUCAGCCCUUCAUACCCCAAAGCUGAAGCAAAAUGGGAUGCCAGUGAUGAUCAUAUUAUCAAGAGGCAGUUAUCUUCUGUUCUGGACAGGGAACAAGAAGCCAAGAAACUUUCUCAGCCCUCACCUGAGAGUCUAGUUCUUUACUAUAAAGAUCCUCAGGAUGAACUUCAAGGUCCCUUUUCUGGUAGUGAUAUUAUUGGAUGGUUUGAGGCUGGAUACUUUGGUAUUGAUUUGCAAGUUCAGCUUGCAAGUGCAUCAAAGGACUCUCCUUUCUCAUCACUAGGCGAUGUCAUGCCUCAUUUGCGAGCUAAGGCAAGGCCACCACCUGGGUUUAGUGCCCCAAAACAAAGUGAACUCACAGAUGCUUCAAAUAUGCCUAACUUUACCAACUUUGGAAGUGUUCAUUCUGGAUUAAGUGAGCAUGAUCUCAUAAGAAAUGAACAGAGGCAGAAAUCUGGCUCGGCAACAGAAGCUGAAAAUAGAUUUUUGGAGUCGCUGAUGUCGGGCAACAUGAGCAAUUCGUCUCAAGGUUUGCAAGGAUUUAUUGGAAAUAGCCCUGUUACAGCUUCCCAAUCAGGUGUUGAUAGUGGGAAUGACCUGUACCUUUUGACAAAGAGGUUGGCACUGGAACGUCAGAGAUCACUAUCUAGUCAAUAUGCAUAUUGGCCAGGGAGAGAUGGUGCAUCAGUUGCUUCAAAGUCAGAGAUUCUUGCAGACUCUCCAUUGGCACAUGCAAAACUCCUUUCUUCAUUGUCGGAAAAUUCUCGCCAGACUCCUCAUUCUCAAAGUGCUGAAUUGAUGUCCAUCCUCCAAGGCUCUGCUUCUGGCAUAAAUAAUAGUGUAGCUGGUUGGACAAAUUUCCCAAUUCAAGGUACCUUGGAUCCUAUUCAGGAUAAGAUGGAUUUGCAUCAUGCUCAAAAUUUUCCUCCACUUGCUUCAUUUGGCCAACAACAGCGGCUGCAGUCUCAGAAACCACCCUCUUUAACAAACCUACUUGGUCAAGCUGCAGAUAAUCCCUCUGGGAUUUUGACACCUGAAGCAUUGCUCUCCAGUGGGUUAUCUCAAGAUCCACAACUUCUAAAUUUGUUGCAACAGCAGUACUUGAUGCAGUUACAUUCCCAGACUCCUCUUCCAACUCAGCAGCUGUCCGUUUUGGAAAAGUUUUUGUUACUUAAGCAGCAGCAGAAACAGGACGAGCAGCAACAGUUGCUGCGGCAACAGCAGUUGCUCUCUCAGGUUCUAUCUACAGGACCAUUUCAUACUUCUGUUGCUACAGGAAAUGUAUCUGUUGAUCCUUCUCGGCUUCAACCAUCAAAAGAGAUUCCCCAGAUCAGUUCUCAGAUACCAGUUUCAAAUGUGCCAGAUGAGCUUACUGCUAGUUUGAUGAAUAUGCGUGCACAAUCACAAGCUUCCCAGGGUGUUAGUCAUAAUGUUGAUUCUGAAGUGACGUCUUUCCAAUUUCCACAUCAAAUGUUUGGGACUGUUAAUAGUCAAAAUAUUCGGGGUACUAUGCUUCCUCAGAAAAUUGGCGAAAUUCAUCCCAAGGAAUCUUUGCUUCCGUCAUCACUUAGUUCACAAGAUCCUUCUCUUGUGCAUGAAACUGUCCUUGCUUCUGAUCCUGUUUCCAAGAAGCUAUUAUCAGAAGACACUCAGAGAACUGUAGAAAUUCCAGCAGUGGCAGUACAAAAGGAUACCAUGGAAACUGUACAACUGAAGUCUCCAGGACUAUCUGUUUCUGAAUCUGUGCCAGGGACUUGUGGGGAUGAUGUUACUGGGCCUGAGCAUGCCAGUUUUAUGGAAGUUCAGCUAGAUAAUUCUCUCAAUGAACAGGUUAAAAGGGACAGAUCAAGUGGUGACUCCUCUGUGGUGACGAAAGUAAAAAAUAUUGAAGUUCAUGAAGUGAAAAAAGCUUCAGAGAAGAAACCAAGAAAGCAAAAAUCUGCAAAGUCUAACUUCUCUGCUGACCAGGUAAAGGGAGCAUCAAAGAAUUCAGAAGGUGAAGGACCACAUGUUAGUGACAAGAAGUCCGAGUCUCACGAUCCAAUAGAAGCUCCUCAUGGCAUUUCUCACGAACAAAUGAGGGAGAUCAAGUCUGGAAUUUCUACUGCAGGAAUCAAGGACACCCGAAAAGCUCAUGAUGUUGAGAUAACAGAAGUGAAGGAUGAAUUUAAAGCAGUUGGGCCUGUUUCUGCCCCCACUGUGCAGGUAAAUUUGCCUCAAAGAGCUUGGAGACCUGCUCCCGGUUUCAAACCCAAAUCAUUAUUGGAAAUUCAAUUGGAGGAGCAGAGAAAGGCCCAGGAAGAAAUGGCAGUUUCUGAGACAAUUACUUCAGUGAACUCCAUGAAUUUGUCAAGUCCUUGGGCUGGGGUUGUGGCCAGCUCAGACCCAAAGAUUUCUAAAGAAUCUCAGAGAGAUGCAUCUAUUACGGAGUUUACUAUGGGGAAACCAGAAGUUUCACCUAAUUCAAAGAGCAAGAAAAGCAAGUUACAUGAUCUUUUGGUUGAAGAAGUUUUAGCAAAAUCGGAUGAUAGAGAGUUUGAAGUUCUUGACAGUGUGCCUAGCCUAGCUUUCCCACAACAAACAGCAAAUGUGGGAUCUAUUGAUGACAACAAUUUUAUUGAAGCUAAAGAUAGUAAGAAGAACAGGAAAAAGUCUGCUAAAGCUAAGAGUUCUUCUAAGGCUACUGCGCUCGCACCUUCUGCUGAUGUGCCUAUUAGUUCUAGCCCCAAUGACAAAAGCAAAAGCUCUCGUGCAGUGCAACAGGAGAAGGAAGUAUUGCCUGCAAUCCCAUCAGGCCCUUCUUUAGGAGACUUUGUUUUUUGGAAAGGGGAGUCAACAACAACGCAUUCCCCUUCUCCAGCAUGGUCUACUGACGGCAAAAACCUUCCUAAACCUACAUCUUUAAGGGACAUCCUAAAGGAACAGGGGAAAAAGGCUUCUCAUAUGCCGCCUCAGAAUCCAAUUCCGACUCCUCAGAAACCGCAGCCAACACAAGCUGCACAAGGAAAUGCUCCUUCAUGGUCACUUUCUGCAUCUUCUCCCUCUAAGGCUUCUCCUAUGCAGAUCAAUUCUCAUGCUGCUGCACAAUCAAAAUACAAAGGAGAUGAUGACCUAUUCUGGGGCCCGGUUGAUCAAUCCAAGCAAGAAACUAAGCAGUCCGAAUUCCCUCAUCUGGCGAGCCAGGGCAGUUGGGGAGCCAAAAACACUCCUGUAAAGGGAACUCCUAGUGGGUCAUUAAGCAGGCAAAAAUCCAUGGGGGGUAGGCAUGCGGACCGUGCUCUUUCAUCCUCGCCUGCUUCUACCCAGUCAUCUCUUAAGGGGAAACGAGAUGCAAUAAACAAACAUUCUGAAGCUAUGGACUUCAGAGAUUGGUGUGAAAGUGAGUGUGUUAGACUUACUGGGACAAAAGAUACAAGUGUAUUGGAGUUCUGCUUGAAGCAAUCCAGAUCGGAGGCUGAGUUGCUUCUGAAAGAGAACCUCGGACCAAAUGAUCCCGAUGAAGAAUUCAUUGACAAAUUCCUGAACUAUAAGGAGUUGCUACCAGCAGAUGUACUCGAAAUCGCCUUUCAGAGUCGGAAUGAUCGAAUGGCCACUGGAUUUGGUGGCAGAGACAUGAAUUCAGGCAAUGCAAGCACUAGGGUCUUGGACCAUGAUUUUGCAGAGGGAGUUGAUGGUCCGUCAAAGGGCGGAAGCAAGAAGAAAGGAAAAAAGGGCAAGAAGGUGAACCCCCUAGUGUUGGGGUUUAACGUGGUGAGUAACCGGAUUAUGAUGGGUGAGAUCCAGACAGUGGAGGAUUAGACGGCGGUGGUUGUAAAUACAUUUUAGUUGCAACUGUUUUGUAAAUGUUGUCCUAGGAUUUUUGUCUCCAUCCUAGCAACCACAGCAGUACUAAUUGUCUGCUGAAGCGCGAUUUUGUGGAGUUAUAUUUACGUCCUAGAGUUUAUGUUAUUUCAGUCACAGAGCAAGAUUUAAUUUUAUAAAAAAUUUAACCUUGAAUCUUUUUA